GAUAACAUACUGACUCCUGCAGAGCUCCAUGAUGUUUAAUCUGAAGGAUGAACAAUCCCCAAAACGUCGACCCUUGACCUUCAGUGUUUUGGUUUUCCAUCACGCUGCUGUCCUGCUUCUGCUGAUAAACUGCUGUAAAGGUCAGUCUCAGGUAAUCAGCCCACGUCUGCCAAUAGUAGCAGUAGCUGGUGAUGACAUCAUUUUGCCAUGUCACAUCAAACCUGCCAUGGAUGUUGCUUUCACGACUGUGGAGUGGACGAGACCUGACCUGAAACCCAGAUUUGUCCAUGUGUGGCGUUCUGGUCAAGAACUUCUAGAUGAUCAGCAUCCAUUGUACAAGGGAAGAACUUCACUGUUCACCAACAAACUGAAGUCAGGAGACAUUUCACUACAACUCUCCAAAGUGAAACAGUCUGAUAAGGGAACAUACAGGUGCUUUGUUCCCAUGUUGAAUAAAGACUCUACUGUUGAGCUUGUCUUUGGUUCUGUCUCCUCACCUGAAAUAGACAUUUACAAAGCCAGCAAUGGAUUUCUGUUAGAGUGUAAAUGUAAUGGCUGGUAUCCAGAGCCUGAGGUGUUGUGGCUGGACGCUGAGGGAAACCUCCUCUCUGCUGGACCUACAGAGACAGUCAGAGGUCCUGAUGACCUCUAUACUGUCAGCAGCAGAGUGACUGUGGAGAAGAGACACAGCAACAGCUUCACCUGUAGAGUCCAACAGAAGAACACCAACCAGACCAGAGAGACACACAUCAGUCUAUCAGCUGAUCUCUUUAAGGCCCAGUCUAGUUCUGCUAUUCGCAUUUCCAUCUGCUUGGCUGUGUGCAUCGUGGCUGUUGUUGCAGUUGUAGUUGCUCUGUGGAAAUGGGGACGAAACAAAAAAACCACGGACCCCAGCACAGAACUUCAGCUUCUGAUGGAGGGAGAUGAAGACAGACAGAAGCCCAGGACCGAAAGAGAGAAAAUUGUGUUUCUGGACAAGACCAAAGUAAAACUUGAAGAGGACUUACAGAACAAUGAGGGAGAACUGCAACAUGUACAACAGGUGAUAACAACGCUGAUGGACCAGAAGAAAGAUCUGAAGAACCAGAGAGAGAAACUCACCUCACAACAGCAGGAGAACAAGACAAAGAUAGAAGAGUACAAGAAGAAGAAAACCCCAAAAACAGACAAAGACAACAAAAUGAGGAAGCGUGAAAUAACCCUACAUAAUCUGGAGAAGAGGGAGAACGAACACAAGGAACUGUUACAGAACACAGAGAAACUACUGGAGUCAACAGAGGAGAUGAUUAAUAAAAUGACAGAAAGGAAAGGGAAACUAGAGAGAGAUAAGGAAAAACUAAAUAAACUCCUGAAAGAGACUGAAAGAGAGAGAGAGGAGAUUGAGAAGAAACUUCAGUCCGAGCAGUCUGAGAGAGAAGAGGAAAUAAAUCAUCCAAUGAUGACGGCAUGAACAUUUAUAAUAUUGUAUAUGUUCAUUUUUGAUCUCUAGUCAUUCAGUAAUUUACCUGGUUGCUGAAUGAACUUGAAAUUCAGUUUAAAGCUCCAAGUGUGUUCAUUCUAUAGAACUUUUAUCUCACCAUUGUGUUGCAUGGUGUUUGCUUGUUUUAAAUACAUUGUGCUAUAAUUAUAAUUAUAUUAUAAUUAUCCUUUUCUUUAUUCGUUGUCAAUUCUAUGAAGCUGUACUUCCCUGACAUAAACAAUACUUUGUAUAUUAUGUGUGAUUAAAUAAUCAAGUAUCAUUUAAGGUUCAUUAUGUCAGCACUUACUGAGAUCAGAGUUAACUCUGCUCUCUGGCCAUGAGAUCAGCUCACAGACAUCUGAUGAUCUGCUUUCCAAAAAAACAUUUUUUUAGUCUUAGUUACUGAUGUUUUAUAGUUGAGAA